ACAAUGAUAUAUUUUUUCUAUACGAAUAUAAAACUACAGAAAAGGACCCAUUCCAUCCUAUUAAACUACCUGAGCGAAGAACAUCAAAUGUAGGGACUCCUAAGGUACUUAGUGCUAAGCCAAGAAAGCCUAGUCAUUUUUUAAAUGAAUUAACAACUAAUAACGAUAAAGAGACAAGUAUUAAUGAUGUUGAUAAUAAAAACUUAAUGUUAGUUGAUGAUGAAACAGAGUUAUUAAUAGCAGCAGAUCCGGAGCAAGUUGAAGUUGAAAGAAUUGAUAAAAUCGAUGAUGUUGAUAUUGAAGAAACCAAUGAAGCCUCUCUAAUUAAUGCUACAAAUGCAGAAGUAUCAGUUUUAAGUCUAUUGCUACCAUUAGUUCAGAAAUGA